CCCCAGGCAGAUUGAUGGACUCAGCUAGGUUGUGGUAGAAUUGGCUUAGCUGCCCGAUUGGCUGAAGAGAGCCAGCAGACUUGCUUCUAAGAUCAGCAGCAGCAGGUUGCUGGCUGCUUAAUGUUUGGCCCACAGCUGUGAUCACUUUUGCUCCCGCCUAGACCGCAUCCCCAACCUGACUCCGGCUCCAACCUGUGACUCUGGUUCCUGGCCCCCUUAGUCCAGUUCUAACCCGUGAUGUUCUCCUUUUAUGCAAACCAGCAAUCUCUGUAAAGGGACAUCGAAAAGGUUGACAGGCGCCCAAAUUAUGCUGCUGUGGUUCUUUGAGUGAAAAACUGUAUCAAUCCUCCCCCAGAAAGACUGCAACCACAAUCACCUCUUAGCCUCUAGGCUGGAUGUGUGAAACUUACCAAUAGAUCAGAUGUCCCAGAGCUAUGGAUAUGGUUGCUGCUUUUGUUGCUAUGAUUGCAGACAGCUGUAUUGGUAGCUUGGCGAAAGAAGGAACAGUACAUCAUAUGCAAUCAUGAAUUCCUGGAUAAAGUGUAGGCAUAGGAAAGAGGCUGAAGCAGAAAAGAAAGCAAAGCCAAUGUGAAAUAUUGAAUGAAGAUACUGGACAAUUACUACCAACUUGUUCCCAUUCUGCAUUGUACAGCCUAAGCUGGAACUGCUACGUGAAAAUGACACAGCAAAUGCAUAACUUCAACCUUUCGCAGACAAAAAAGAACAGUGGGCCGUCAUCUCCGAAUGCUGCUAAACGACUGUAUCGCAAUCUCUCUGAGAAGCUGAAGGGGAGUCACGCAUCUUUUGAUGAGGCGUAUUUCAGGACCAGAUCAGAUCGACUCAGUCUCCGAAAGACUUCUGUGAAUUUCCAGUGCAACGAAGCUAUGUUUGAGGCGGUGGAACAGCAGGAUUUGGACACUGUUCAGAUUCUCCUCUAUCAAUAUACACCAGAGGAGCUGGAUCCGAACACUCCGAAUAGUGAGGGAUUAACUCCCUUGGAUAUUGCCAUCCUGACAAACAACGUGCCUAUCGCUAGGAUUCUUCUGAGGAUUGGCGCAAAGGAAAGCCCGCACUUUGUUAAUAUGGAAAGCAGGUCAAUGCAUCUGAGCACCUUGGUCCAGGAAGCCCAGCAGCGAGUAAGUGAGCUGUCUGCACAAGUGAUGAGUGAAGGUCUUAGUAUGGACAACACAGACAAAGAGAAACAACUAAAAGCGUGGGAGUGGAGAUACAGGCUAUACAAGCGCAUGAAAGCAGGCUAUGAGCAUGCCAGAGCCCCUGAGGCGCCAACCAAUGUCUGUUUCAUGGUAACAAGCAGCACAUCACUCACUGUCACCUUCCAAGAACCUCUUAGCGUCAACUCAGCUGUAGUGACCAAAUAUAAAGUGGAAUGGAGCUGUUCUGAAGACUUUUCUCCUUUGGCUGGGGAAAUAAUCAUGGACAAUCUUCAGUCUUUGAGAUGCACCAUCACAGGCCUCAGAAUGGGCCAAAGUUAUUAUGCUCGUGUCUCAGCAUACAACAUGAAGGGAUGGGGACUUUCACAGACUACCACUCCUGCCUGUGCUUCUCCUUCUAACUGGAAAGACUGCGAUGGCAGAGAACCUAGGCACUGGGGACAUACUGAAGCCCUGGAACGUCUCCUUCAGCAGGUUCGAGCGGCUCAUCAGCAUUACAGUUGCCGAGAAAGUUCUAAACUACAGAAUGCUGGUCGCAAGCAAUCAGUCUCCAGGAGCCUGAAGCAUCUUUUCCAUUCUUCAAACAAGUUUGUGAAGACUCUGAAACGUGGACUCUACAUAGCUGUCAUAUUUUAUUACAAAGACAACCUGUUAGUAACCAAUGAAGAUCAAAUCCCAAUUGUGGAAAUUGAUGACUCUCACACCAGUUCCAUUAUGCAAGAUUUUCUGUGGUUCACAAAGCUGUCUUGUAUGUGGGAUGAUAUCAGAUGGCUGAGGCAGAAUAUGUCCAUAUCCAUGUCCUCAUCAACAGCACUUCAAGCCAGGCAAAAGAUGGUUUCAGCAACGGCACAGUUACAGAACUUGCUGGGAACUCACAACUUAGGCAGAGUUUAUUACGAGCCGAUCAAGGACAGACAUGGCAAUAUCCUGAUAGUUACAGUAAGAGAAGUAGAGACUCUCUAUUCAUUUUUUAAUGGUAAAUGGAUGCAAAUAUCCAAGCUACAAAGCCAGAGAAAAUCCCUUUCAACUCCCGAGGAGCCAACGGCAUUAGACAUCUUGCUCAUAACGAUCCAGGAAACACUUUCCUACCACAAAAGAAGCCAGCAGCGCCUCCCUCCUGGCUUGUAUCUGGGUUACCUGAAACUCUGCAGCUCCGUAGAUCAAAUCAAAGUCCUUGUACUGCAAAAGCUGCCCAACAUUCUGUGUCAUGUUAAAAUCCGAGACAACAGCAAUGUUUCCAAAGAUGAGUGGGAAUGGCUCCAAAUGCUUUCUGGCUUGGAAUCAGUGGAAAGUGUGGAUCAUGCUUCAGACUGCCCUACUCAGUUGUUCUUCUAUGAGCUCCAGAUGGCAGUGAAAGCUCUCCUCAAACAGAUCAAUCUACCUCUGCGACAGGCUAAGCACUUCCGUCUGUAUACACAGGAGGUGUUGGAACUGGGUCACAAUGUCUCCUUUCUUCUCCUGCUCCCCGCCUCAGACGAUGUCUGCACUGCCCCAGGACAGAAUAAUCCUUACACCCCACAUUCAGGAUUUCUUAACCUCCCUCUUCAGAUGUUUGAACUUGUUCAUUUUUGCUGUUACAAGGAGAAAUUUAUUAGUCUGUAUUGCCGCCUUUCUGCUGUCAUAGAGCUGGAUUCUCUGAAAACCCAGCAGUCCCUAAGGGAAGCAAUUUCAGACAGGGAAGUUGCUGCUGCCAAACAAAGACACCAGCAAGUUUUAGACUAUAUACAGCAAAUCGACGAGAUCUGGCGUGAAAUGAGAUGGAUCACAGAGGCGCUGCAGUAUGCCAGAUACAAACAGCCGGUGGCUGGCUUGCUCAUAACAAAGCUCGUGGACCUGUCAGAAGAGCAGAAUCAGAAGAAAAUAAAUUCAACAUCCUCCCAUCUAGAUUGUCUUCCAUCACCACCACCCUCACCAGAGGCCAGGAGCCAGAGAAGAAAAGCCCUGAGUGAUUCCCAGCCCUGCUCAGAUGAAGAGGGCUGCUCUGAAGUGUUUCUUCCAACCGACAGCGACUAUGAUUCCAGUGAUGCAUUGAGCCCCAGAGAACUGGAUUUGGUUUAUUCAUCCUCACAUGACAUAUCCCAACAGGCAGUGGGUGGCUUGGGCGGCAGUGCACCUGAUGUCCUCCAGGUCCAUGAUAUGAAGCCUCACCUGACUUUGAAAGAAGACCCAAAAGGGGGCAGUGACUUGGAUGCCGAUGCCGAAUACUGCACGGAGUACAUGAACAGUCUGACCAUGGGAGGGUUCACAUCAAAAAGCCUGGAUAAGACUUCCAGCUCCAGGCAGCCUUUGAGUUUCUUGGGGAAAAAAACAAAGCUAGGGAAACAUCAGCACUAUAACUACUUCAGCCGGCACCAUCGCUGGCUGCGAGUGCACAGCGAGACGCAGCCCGCCUCUCUUUCUGAAGGCGUGUACACACAGCAUCUCACACGAGCCACGGAAUUAUCACAGGAGCCUACCUCCAGCCACCAAAUAAGGAUUCCCAUCGAUUGUCCUCGGAGCGCUUUUUUACCUCAUGCUUCGAGCCUCCCAGAAGAUGGGAAAGGCAAGUACCAUGAAUCGAGGCAGAAUAUCCGUAGGAUAUACGUAGAGCCCUACAAAAACACGUUAUUAGGCGAAGAGGGCAAGCCCUGGGCCCUGAGUAUGCAGUCCGUAGAACUUGGAGAUUUGCAUGAUACCACGGGUCAGGAAAUGGGGUUGGAUGAUCAAUCGAAUUCUCCCAUCUCUGAAGUAUUCAGUAGCACGCUUUAGGAGUUUGCACUGGGUCAUUGCACUGCCUCGCACCACCCCCAAAAUGGCAUUGUGAGCAUUCUGAAUUUAGGACCAUAUUUUCAAAAAGACCUUUAAAAUGCAGAUUCUCAAUGGGCGUCUCGUUCCACUUACUUUACCAGCUGAGGAGCUGGCUUUAAAUGGGUAUUCCCAAAAGCGCAUGCCAAAUCACUUGCAUCUGCAAUUUUGCAGGUGUAAAUAAUAAACAUUUGCUAUCUAACUUAAUGCUGCAUGGUGGCAAAUCAGGUAGUUAGGCAUUGAAAUUUGCUUAAUUACUCACACCAAUGUCUGGGCAUGCAGAAUUUCAGGCACAUAUGAUUUUGCCUGCAAAAUUUGGGGGAAGCUGGUUAAAGUCACUUUAGAAAUGUGGUCCUAAGCUUUUAUUACCUUUUUUUUUUUGCUAUAAAUAUUUCCACUUCCCAACAUGCACUUUGUGUGGAUUUGGUUGGUAUACAAGUAAAGCGCUGAGUGCUCUGGUGAAUGAAAAUGCCACAGGUACCACAGCAUCUGGCCAUUUCAAUGUGUCUGUCACAAAAAAUCAGUGCCAACUGUAAACACUGGCAUAGGCCAGUACAAUUGCUAGCAUUGAAUGCUUUGUUUCAAUUUAAAAGAUUUAAAAGAACAUAAAUACCAACUUAUUCCGCAGCUCUAGAUGAGAGAGAAUCCUUCUAGAUCAAGAGCAGAGGGUAUUGGCGGGGUUUGCUGUAGCUGGCCUGACUAGUGAAUGAAUAAUAUGUAGGCACAGGAGUUUCUCUAGCCCUCUGCAUGGGGAUGAAUUUCAUCCUGUUAUAGGCAAUCUCAGAUUGCCAUGGGAGAUGGAUCUAAACCAGAGGUCGCAAACACACGGCCUGCGGGGUUAUUUUCUGCGGCCUGCCAGCUCCCCGCGGCACCCCCACCUCCCCAGCAUAUACCUAGAGCGGCUCUGGCCUGGUGCGCACCAGGGGUAGGGCAGGCUCCCUGCCUGCCUGCCCUGCCCCCGUGCUGCUCUGGAAAGCAGCCGGGACCUGGGGGGAAACAAGG